UGCUUGGAGGCAAGCCGCUGCGACACGACGACCGCCCAGCGCGCUGCCUUGUGCUCGUUGUCCACACUUCAUCACCACCGCCAACACCGCUGCCAUCACAUUCAUUACCCAUUGUCCCCUCCCCCCUCCGCCUCCGCGUUUCUGUCGCGUCUCAUUGUUUUGUUUCAUUACCGGCCAGAUUUCCGCUCGGGGGCGAGACCAUGCCGUGUGCCAGCCGAUGACCUCACCCGUAUUGUAGUCCAUCACUUGUCACACAGAGCAUCGCGCCGCAUCACCGUCCAGUUCGCGCUGAACAUCAGCAGCGGACGUGCAGCAGCGCGUACCCUUCACCAUGCCGAGCCUCUUUGGAAGCAGGCGGAGAGGCAGCAGCGCGUCGAGGCAACCAGUCGAUACCAACACCUCCUACGCCGCCAGCGUCGCCGCGCGUGCUGCCGCAUCGGGCUCACGUCCAUCUUCGAGCCAUGGCCUGUCAUCGGCUGCCGCCGCCGCAGCCUUGCGAUCUCACACGUCGAGCCCGGAACCCAUCGGCAGUAUACAGACUAAGCGCAUGGUCAGACGAGGUUCGCAGUCCUCUAUUGGUACCUCGAGUAUCCUGAGUGGGAGGGGCGGCACGGAGCGAGGAGGAUUGCAACGACGAGGUAGCCAGAGCUCCAUGACCGAGCGCACCUUUCGUUCUCCCUCUCCAGGCCGCAGCAACAGUAUCACCAACGGUGCUGCCUCACCCCUCGAUGCGCCGCCCGUCCCCGCGAUACCUCAAAGCGUGCAGCAGCGCUCGCAUCAGCGGUCUGCUAGCGUCGAACCGCCUUACCGAGUGUCCUCGCCCACGCCGAAUGGCAAGGGAGCCCGGUCGAACAGCAUGGACAGAAAGGCCAUGUCGCCUCCACCUUCGCACCGCAGAGGCGCGCGUCUCUCCAACGUGAAUGAAGAGCUGGAAGGCCCAGAAGCGCAACGGGGCGUCAAUUUCUCUCGACCACGAUCAUCGCAACCGAAUAGCCCAUCCUCAAGUCCGACCACAGAUAAAGCAUAUGUGCAUGGCACGGGAGCGUGGUUCUCAGAGCCCGUGCCUGUGAAGAACAAUCAAUCUGGCAGCACGGGUGCUCCCAGUGCGGACGUGCUGUCAGCCAAAAUGGCCAGAAUACAAGGCGCUCAAGGGCAAAGUGUGAAGAAGGAUAAUCACAGCGCGUCUACACAGGGUGCGCAACUACGCGUGCAGACACAGCCGACGAUCACCGGCACUGCAGUGACACCGUUUGUCCAGCCUCAGCAACAAAUGGAGACCGUCAUGGUUUUCGAUGCCGCUUCACGAACAUUCGUGCCCAAACUUCAACCCAGAGCAGCCGCUGCCCCUCCCUCGCCUGUAUUGCCUCAAGCGCCUAAAGCAGCGCCGGGAACUUAUGACCCUCACACACGUACUAUUGUGCCAGCACCAGCACCAGCACCAGCGAGGACCACUCCUGCGGUCGACCUUGGGCCACCACCAAGGAAUCCUGCGAGAAUCACUCCUACCAGCAGUCCACGAGACUCCUAUCUCGGAAGCAGCGUGAGCGGGGACAGCCCCAAGGGCGAUAGGAUUCUCCAAGCUUCACUAGGUGCGACCAAACCCAAUGCAAUCACAAACAGGCCGCAAAGAGCGUCCAGUCUGGAUGUCCCGAGCCGUAAUACGCCCAGCAAUCGAGGUCGGCAGGUGUCUGCAUCACCCAGUCCGCAGCGCAAGCCACACUUCUCUGCAUCUCCUGUUUCGCAGGCUACGAUACACGACCCGCCGCCGCGAGACAUCUCGCCUGCCAAGUCUGCUCUGAAGAAUUCGCCUUCAUCCUCGGUGCGUGCGUACUCACCCGUGUCCCACUUUGCUGGACAGCCCAAACCGCCCCCAAGCGAAACAUCCGAUGCCACUUCGGUGUACUCGCAAGACGGCUUGUCUUCAGCCAAGAAGAAGAAAUCCGCCCAUGUUAGCUUUGAUGAGCAGCCAAAGGAAAUUGAUGCUGCCGCCGCGGCCAGUCCGAAGAUUCUGGCGCGGGAACGAUCGCCAGUCUUGGAUGACCUGGACGACGAGGAUUUCUCUAAGCCAAGACCUGCGUUGCCUACCUUCGGCAGUGUACGCAGGCAGAGAGAAGUGGCCGAGAAGGUCACUGAAAUGGCACCAGAUCGCAAUGAGCACAGCAACGACCACGCCAUUGGAGGUAUUCUUCGAAAUGCCAACGGCUCGGCAAAACCUGAAGGCGAGCCAAUGCCACCCGUCGUCGUGAGCAAGGAAACUGCCGCCAACGCCAGCGACACGGAUAGUGACGUGGGAGACCGUGGAGACUAUGCUGCCGCUAAUGCUGCCACGGUCAGUCUACCAGAGCAGACAGCAGGGCAGACCGCCCAGAUUCACGAUGAGCCCAGCGAGAAGAGCGCAGUCGCUCCGAUCGUUCGUGACUUUGCCUCGCCUGGCGCAACUGGGCAACAUCUUCAACCCGCUGUGCCUGAGAUCAACCUUAUGCCCCCAACGCCUGGCGCCGAGGAAGACAAAACGUUGGACAACCGACAUUCCGCUGAGAUCAUCGUGCCCGGGGGCUGGGGCGCCGACACAGAGCCUGAAGUCAAGCCAAACUCGGUAGCAGAAGCUGUUCCGAGUAUCGCGCCAGUUCUCGUCCACACUCCAGAAGAGCAUGGACCUAUGUUGGCUCCGAUCGAUGAAGACACGGACACGGACGAAGCGGAAUUCAGCGAUGCUGCAGAAGAGCCUUCUGAAAUUGAAGGUGGCUUUGCGUCACUCGAUGCAAUCGCAGUCAGCCCCAUCAAUGUGAAAGCUUCGCCAUCAGCACAGACUGGCACAACAUCUCCUCCAGAUUCACCCAUCGUUCAGAAGGUCGCGAAGAAGGAAGAUGGCCGUGGCGCAGCAGAGGACGAUACUCCCGGUGACUGGAACUCCACGACCGCAUACUGGUCAAAAUUGAGUAGACAGCAGCGCGAGCAGAUUGAGCGAGACCACAUGUCUUCCGACGAUGAGGCGCGACCAUCGCCCGCCGUUAUGAAGAAAACGAGAAAGACUACAAACCCUGCGCCUGCCAGCUCUCCUCAAAGUGCACAGAAAUCGUCUCCUGCGCACCGUGACGCGAGACCAGUGCAGCCUGCGCUGAAGAAGACUAUGCGCGCACAACCGGAACCAGAAUCAGCACCGGUAGAGAAGAGCCAUUCCAUGCGGCGAUCAAUGCGUGACGGAGGUCUCGCGGCAGGAUCAAUGCGCUCCAGACCCGCCUCAACGUCGCAGGCGCCAGAACCAAGGGCUGGGGGUUUCUCAAAGAAGACGAUGCGCCCCCAGUCAUCGGCAUCCCUCUCAGCUUCCUCGGCUGGUGCAGCGAUGGUCAGCAAUCGUGCAUCGCAGGACGCUGCUCAACCACAGCAUAUACGGCCUCCGUCCUCAGCUUCGACUACGACCGCUCCUGCAGUCAGCACCAGGUUGCAAAAGGAACUAUCCCAUGAUUCUGACUCGGAGAGCAGUUUCAAGAAGAAGCGGAGAUCCAACGCAGCGGCAGCAGGCGGCAGCAUCAACAUGAAGCGAAGCAUGCGUGCUGCUCCAACUCCAGUUGAACAGCGUCCCUCAUCUCCAGACCCGGUUCGCAGCAAAGGAAAGGGCUCACUCAUCCGAUCUCUGUCACCAAGCGGGUCCAUCUUUGGUCGCAAGAAGGCUAACGACGUACGCGAAUCGAUUCGGAGUGGCUCUGUCGAUGGCGGGAGCAGGAUGACUAUCAUGCGCGCUACACAGCCGGCCAAAACGAUGCGACAGACACCAGCUGCACCAGCUCCCAAGCAGAAAGCGUCAUCGUCCAAGUUCAAGUCCCGCUUUGCAGACUCUGACGAUUCUGACGAUGAGCCUAUAACGACCAGGCCGGCAUUCCGGAGUCGCUUCAAGGAUUCAGACGAUGAAAGUGAUGACGAGCUCACACCUGUGCGAGGCAUUCCACGGCGGAAGGGACAAGACGACGGCGAUUCCACAGAUCUGGAGGAUUCGGAGGACGAGAGCGGUCGGAAACCAGCUCCACGUGCACGUGAACGACAAAAGACGCCUCUUGUGCCUGAUCCAGCAGAUGUCGAUAAAGCCAUGGAGGCCGCACGAAAGAAACUCGGCAUGACGAAUGGAUUCACGUCUGCCCCUUCGACUCCGCAAAAGCAUGACGAGAAGCAAGGCUCGAGCCUGGCCCAGGGCAGCCUGCGAAACAGCCAGCCUCCUCAGUCGAGACCACAAUCGCCAGACGGAGGGACGCCAAGAAAGAAGUCCUUCAUGGGAAGCUUCUUGCGUCGGAACCGCGGCAGUCAACAUAGUGUGAUGACCGUUUCCGGGGUUCCAGGCUACGACAGUGCAGCAUUCGCUCAAAGCUCAUCAAACUCUCCGCCUCUGCCUCUGAAGCAGCUUUUCGAAAGGCCACAAUCCCCAACGAGUCCGGGCAAACUCGUACGCCGCUCCUCAGCUCAGACGCGCCAGCAAAUUGUCCGUGGCGACUCCAAUUUCUCGACCGCUACAGCGCCGCCCACAACGAACAAUAGUAGCUGGCCCCUCGCUGACGCGCCUCCUGUUCCUGCCAUUCCUGCCGAUGUGGCUCAGCUAAAGGGCACUGGCGACACGAGACCGGCGACGAGCGAUGGGCAUCCAUCUGUUCGAUUCAGCGAGGAUGCUAUUGCAGCAAAGGGAGAUGGAGUGUACAGCUCUCGUACGGGCAAGAAGAAGAAGUUUGGUAUGCUGAGAAGGGCUUUCAGGUUGAAUGACUGAGAGCCUGAAAGGAUGUAAUGUGUAAUUUCUUUUCAAUCUGAUGUUUGAGUUAUGCGCGAGGCAAAAGUGAAGCUUACAGAGUGGAAAAUGCGCGAAACAGUGCGCGAUUCGAUUGCAUUUUGCAGAGCUGCAGAGGAAGUGCACGCGAGAAACGAGGUCCAUGUCGCGGGAAAGUUUUCCCCGCGGACAGAAGUAAGAAGGCGAGAUGAGAGCAGCUGCGUCUGUUUA